AUGUUCCUAGUUCUUACAAACCUUGUAUUGGUAUUAUUGUUCUUAAUAACCUCAUCGCCGUGCUUUGCCCAACAAACCGGUAAUGGGUCGGUCGUGGCUCUCUUUGCGUUCGGCGACUCCAUCCUAGACACCGGCAAUAACAACAACCUUUUGUCCGGAUCGAAGUGCAAUUAUCCACCGUACGGGAAGGAUUUCCCAGGCGGUAGGGCUACGGGGAGAUGGGGAAAUGGCAGAGUUUUCUCCGAAGUCUUGGCGGAGGCUGUGGGAGUGAAAACUUUUUUACCGCCAUAUUUGGACCCAGCCCUACCCACCGGCGAGCUUCCGACGGGGGUGUGCUUUGCCUCCGGCGGGUCUGGCCUCGACACAGCUACCUCUAGCGCCACACAAUCGAUACCAAUGAGGGAACAAUUGAGAUACUUCCAAGACUACAUUGGCAAGCUGAAAGGCCUGGUUGGAGAGGAGAAGGCGAACUCCAUCUUAGCCAACUCAUUGGCCCUGAUUUCCGCCGGAAACAAUGACAUGGGCAUCGGCCGGCUCGCCUCCGGUAGAGCCGUGAUCGGCGUCGAUGGAUACGCCGACCUUCUCAUGACAUUCGCCACCGAUUUCGUCACUCAAUUGUAUAACUUCGGAGUUAGGAAAGUGGCGUUCAUGAGUGCAAUUCCAGGGGGAUGCACGCCGGCGGGAAGAGCGGCCACCGGCGGGUUGGGGUGUGCGGGGCCCAAUCCAUUCGACGGCGCCAGCGUUUAUAACACCAAGCUCGCCGGCACAAUGCAAGCUCUCAAUUCUAAAUUAUCCGGCGCCGACAUCGUUUAUCUCGAUGUCUACACUCCGUUGCUGCGCAUCUCACAGAACCCCCUAUCUUAUGGUUUCCAGAACUCGAUGAUGGGAUGUUGCGCACUGCUGGGACCGUUGUGCAAUAUUGCUACCCAAGUGACAUGCCCUGAUCGGUCCAAGUUCGUGUUCUGGGAUUCUGUUCAUCCGACUGAAGCCGCAUACAAAGCCGUUAUCGCUCAAAUUCAACAGAAGAAUGGCUAUAAAUUAUUUUAAUGUUGAGAUUAUCACUCAUUUGUUUUAUCAUUUGGUGAGAUC